AUGUUCACUUACUCUACGUUUUUACGGAGUGUUAGCGUAGGCCAAGCAUGUAGACUUAUGGGUUUCGCCGCUCCACCAAUUGAACGGCGGGUGCUUAGAAGGCGUUACGUGGAACUCGUGAAGAAACACCAUCCGGAUAACAAUGGUCCGGAGUCAUCUGCAGAGGUAAUGGCGAACAUAACCGCCGCAUACAAAACCCUCCAAUGCCUUGCUGGAAAACAAAAGGAGGCAAUGAAGGGCAAUAAUGUUGACCGAAGUGACACCCCUUCAACUGGAGGCGGUGGCAGGGAGGAAAUGGAGGCGGUAGCUGCUUCGUUUGUUGUACCUGGCACUCCACUCAGCAUGGCAAAUUGGGAUCUGCCGUGGCAACGCGGUAAGACAACAACACAAAAACGGAAGCAAGAAAAAGAUGAGCAGCAACUGCGUGAGGGGUCGACUUCUCUGUUUGAGUACGUGGCGUUAGCUCGAGCCCUGGAGAAACGGCGGGGAGCCCAGGCGGAGCGCAUCGCAGCGGCGUUAAGAUCAUCGGAGGGCUCACACGGCUUUGGAUCGGGGUAUUUUGAGCAGUUGCACCUUCAGCAGCGGCGCGAUUCCCCGUGGGUGGUCAAGAGGAAACCCCUUUUCAUUUUAGUGUGUGCUUAUUAUCGACUUCGUUUAGUUUCUGCGUGGUGGCGGUGGCUUGCGGGGCUGCGCUACGUUGUGAUGGGCCGAUGA